AUGAACAAAUACACAUUAAUCUUUAAAGAUAAAAAUAUCGAAAAAAACUAUCAAGAUUAGAAGACAUAUGGAUAAAAUAUUAUUAUUGGAGGAUUGACUAUAAGUUUUCUUUUAAGGUGUAUAUUGAAAAUAAUUAAUUUUGAUUGGGUUAAUACAGGAGUAAAUUUAGGAGUUGUAAUUGUGCUUCUUGUUCUGAGAUGUUAUUCAAAAUAUUAUUUUUGUAAACGAUUAAGUCUAAUUAUUGCAAAUUGUGGAUUAUCGAUUUUAACAUUUAUGUACGAGGAGCCUCUUAAUAAUUAUUAUUCUCAUUUAAGAGGAGGAAAUAGUGCUUUUACUUCACUCAUAAUAGUAUUUUCUGGUGAUUUUCCUGAAGCGGUAUUUUAAAUCAUCUUUAUAUAACUGGCUAAAGGGACCUUUACUAUUUUAUAUAGCACUUAGAAUGAAUAUGAAGUAUUAUCCGGUAGCGUAUUAGUAAUGAUAAUAAUGAUCUAUUAUUUAUAUUUUCACCACAAAGCAAUAAGGUCAUAAUAUCUAUUAACCUUGGUUGAAUAAAAAUGGGAGAACGUGUUGGAAAGUAUUAUUGAGAAUCAAUCAUAUUUCAUUCUAACCUUUAUCUCAGAAACCUAUUAAUUUAAGUUGGCAUCCUAACGCAAUUGUGAAUAAUAUUUUUACAAUCAAGAUUAUAAGUAAUUUCUAAGGGAAUCUCAAAUUGAAAAAUCUACUUUAGAGCAUUAUUUUUUUGAAUAAAUCCAACUUCAUCAAAGCAAUGGCAAUCCCACUAAUUCAUCAAUCAUAUUUAUUAAGAAUUAACUCUCCCUGUUUAAACUUAAAUACUCCAUUUAUUUUGCGAAUCAACCAACAAUUUUAAUUAUAUUUGAACCUGUUUAAUAAUCAAAAAACAUAAAUCUACAUUUACUUUAUAAUAAAAUCAUUUUGUACUCUAGGAUUUUAUAGAGAGUAAUAACCAAUAACAAUAAUAAUGUCAAUUUCAGUAAACUACAAAAGCUUUAGAGGUUUUUAAGGUUAGAAUCUCUAUUGUAUAGGAUAGAGAAAGGAAAGUAUGCGGUGAAUUCUAUUAAUUUAAAGAAAUUUCUAGAAAAAUUUGAUCUCAUCUAGGAUUCUAACUUUGAUGUUCUAUAUCACGAAAUCGAAUUAAAAACAAUACCAUGUAUAUUAGGUGCUCUUAUUUUAAUUAUUUAAAACUAUUCGAAGGCAGCCAUUAAAGUUGCUAAUCAAAACAAAACUAUCUCAUUUCGCUUUUAUUAGGAAUCUGAAUAAACUAUUAAGUUAAUUCUUCGUGGGAAUUUCAACACAUAGAAAAUUUGUAAACUAAUCGAAGAGUAUAACGUUUAGUUUUUGACUAUCAUUAAUCGCUUUCAGAUUAAAAAUAAUCAUAGUAUCUAGAUUACUUUGAAUAGAUAAGCCUACAUCCCUUUUAGGCUAACUUAAAUUGAAGAAUGA